GAGGAAUAUGGGCUAUUAUAGACAGAUAGACUGACAGGUCGAACGCUUCGGAACAUUAACACUGACAGCCAGCAAAAGGAAGAGGGUGACACAGAGGGAGAGAGAGAGUGUUUCAAAUGCUUUACCAUUGCAGUACAUGCAUAUUUGCAUUGAGAACAAGCAGGAGAAGAAUUUGGAGGAACAGUAAGAGAGUGGGCAAGGGAGGGGGGAGGCUGACAGUAUUAAAGUUAUCUGAGAGACAGACAGCAAGAGGCACUCCUCAGUCUGAGAUAUAAAGCUAUAUCUGUAUGGAAAUAAGGGAGAUGCGCUUGAGGAAUAUUUGAGAUUUAUAUGUCAAAAAAGGUGCACAGCUGAAAUAACAGUUACUGCUGGAGAAAACACAGAUAGACACAGAGAAAAUACAAGCAAUAAAAAUUAGCGCACAGAUGUAGGCAGGAAUAAAGGCAGUGGCAGGUGAAGCAGUGCAACUGAAAGAAACAGACUUUCAAAUUUGAGAAACAUCCAUAAUGACAGCGGCUACGCAGCAACUAGAUGAGCUGUGUUAUCUGACAGCCCAGUCUCUGACAUCACUGGAAACGUCAGACCACUUUCAGAUCAUCAAGCUACUGGGCGAGGGGUCGUAUGGCAAGGUCAUGCUGGCAGUUCACAGGAAGAGAGGUACUCCCAUGGCCUUGAAAUUCUUCCCACGUGGAUCCACCUCGCUUCUCUCCUUCCUGCGCGAAUACAACCUGUCUCUUACUUUUUGUACCCAUCCGUCUCUCACGAGAGCGCUGGGAAUCGUCUUCUCUACUCCAUCGUACUACAUCUUCGCUCAGCAGGCGGGGCUCUACGGGGACCUCUACGAUGUCAUUGUCGGAGAGGAGCCUAUGUCAGAGGAAUGUGUGCAGCGAGUGGUGUCCCAGCUGAGCGGAGCCAUCUCCCACCUCCACUCCCUGGGCUUUGUCCAUAGAGACAUCAAGCCGGAGAACAUCUUUCUGUGGGACAAAGCCUGCCGCUGGGUCAAACUGGGCGACUUUGGGCUGGCUAGACCCCAGGGAACCCUGGUCCGGGCGGUGUGGUAUGACUCUCCAUACUGUGUUCCGGAGGUGGAGGUGGCAAAGGAGAAGGAAGAAAAGGUGGACAGGGAGGACACGGUGGGAGACGGUGACAGCAGGGACUCCGCGAAGAGAGAGGGUGACGAAGUAGAGGAGAACAAGAAGAAGAAGAAAAAGAAGAAGAAGAAGGAGGUCAUUUGGAUCUCAGUGGAGCCUAGCAUUGACAGCUGGGCUCUGGGGAUCCUGAUAUACUGCAUGCUGACUGGAUGCUUCCCUUGGGAGGAGAGCACCUCCGAUGACCCGGGUUACAGGCAAUACAAGGAGUGGUUCGAAAGGCAGACAGACAGCGAGGAAGGAAGCAGCUCCGGCACACAGGGAGAAUGGAGAGAGACAGAGAACCUGAAGGGGAAAAGAGAGGACAUCAUGCGUCUGGGGGAGGGAAAGAGAGAGACCGGUGAAAACGGGGAGCUUGACCCCAAUCCAAUCGCCCCCCAGUUUGAGGUCUUCAGCCCUCUGGCGCUCUCUCUGUUCCGGCAGCUGCUGAACCCCAAACCAGAGCACCGGGCUGGGCCGGACGAGGCCCUGGGGUACCUGGGCGGGGCCUGGCUACUUGAAACAGAGAAAGAGGAAAAGAGACGUAUAAGGGAAGCAGAGGAGGAAGCAAGGAAAAUACGAGAGGGAGGGGGAGUGGGGGAGGAGAAGGAGAGGGAAGGUAGAGGAGAGAGAUAA